GUAGGUCCAAGUGGUGAGGAGUGGGACCUUUGUCGUGCACCUGACACCACCAUGGUAGACACCCGGGGCGGCACCUCCACUAUGCCGUACACAAAGGAGGAGGAGGCAAAGAUGACCGCCAUCCUGCAGGAGAGAAAAGAGAAGAUGGAGGCGAAGAAGAAGGCCCUGCAGGAGGAGCAGGCGGCAAAGUUAAGAAAGAUAGAGGAGGAGAUGGCCAGGGAGAAGGAAAGAUUGAAAAAGGAAGAAGAGCAGUAGUUGAAAAAGAUGGAAGAGGAAGAAGAUGAAAUGCCACUGCAAAGGAAGGGAGUGCAGUACAGUGGCAGCACAGACGCGGAGAUGGAGAAACGGAUCUCAGAGUGGGUCGCUAAUUUGUCCUUGGGGGAGGAAGAAGAAGUGGCUAUGUAUAUCCCCAAGGAUGACCAGGAAGCCGCCCUGAAGAAAUGGGAAGCAGAAAAGGAUGUGCUGAAGCGGCAGGCGAUGGAGGAUGAGGAGCGGAUGGAGUGGAAGCUCGCGAUGAUGAGAGAAAAGAAGAGAAGGGUGGAGGCGGCGAGUGAGGCGGUCAAGGAAUUAGAAGAAGUGCAGAAACUAAGUCUAAAGCUGACCCCUCAGGUAGACCUCAAACGAAAGGUAGAGAUCUUUGCCCAGAGCAUUGAGCGGUUAGCAAAGAUACAAGAGCAACAGUACGAAUUUAGCCGAAGCCAGGACAUAGCUGUGCGCUCCAUGCGAAUGGGAUUCCGGGACUUUGCGCGCGAACUGAUAGGAGCCGUAGGAGCCGAGGUCAAUCAUCGCCUCGAGAAGACAGAGCAUGUCGCUCGAAGUGUCAAGGCCUCAGAUAGGCUCCAGACAAUCCACGCUCUCCGGUGUCUAGACAGCUGUCCCGAAACUGCUUGUGUUAGAGUUUCGCUAGACACCUCCCUCACAAGCGUAGCCGAAGAGUUGAAGGAAAGAAGGCCCGCCUGGGCCAAGAUGAAGAAGGAGAAUAAAGGGCAGCCAAUUUUAUUAGAUGCAGAGAUUUUUAGAAGUAGAGUAGGGGCCCUAGUAGACUCAGGGGCCACCCGCAGCUAUAUUAGUAAGAAAGCACUGCAGAAGUUGAGGCUGGGACUUAAAGUCCAGAAACUGACAGACCCCAUAGUUAGUAUCCUCGCGGACAAUCGUACCAUGGUUGUAGAGGAUUACGUAGAGGGAAUCCAGGCGUAUUUCCGCCUAGAGAAAGAUGGGAAGGUGGAGAAGGUCCUCCACUCCCUAACUCUCCUCGUAGAAGACAGCCUCCCAUUUGAUAUUGUCCUGGGAAUGGAUUGGGGAGAGGCAGCCGGGGCCACGCUCCAUUUGAAGGAGCACGAGUGUAGGCUCCCUAGUUCGUCAGGYGAGGCUAAGACUGMCCGCCUGUUCCAUGUGUCCGGGGUAGAGAAUUCCUUGGCGCAUUGCUGCCUUAGUGCCCCUGCGUUCGCCAGAUUGGUGAAGAAGGAGAAAUUAGAGGAACAGGUCUUUGUUGCCUAUGUUAGGCCAGUCACUGAGCCUAAGGCAGAGAAGCCCGUAGACCCUGCUAUUGCCAAAUUGCUGGAAGAGUUUAAGGAUUUGACUGAGCCGCCGACAAUAACGGUGUCGCGGCCCAUCCAGCACCGUAUUGAGAUAGAGCCUGGCAGUAGAACUCCUAAGGGUGCUGUGUAUAGGAUGUCCCCACGGGAGCUAGAGGAGCUACGGAAGCAGUUGGACGAGCUCCUUGAAAAGGGUUGGAUUAGGCCCAGUUCGUCUCCUUUUGGAGCCCCUGUUCUCUUUGUCCCUAAGAAAGAGGGAGAGCUGAGGAUGURUAUAGACUAUAGGGGUCUGAAUGCCAUUACMGUGAAGAAUGCUGAGCCACUGCCUAGRAUAGACGAUCUYUUAGAUCGAGUGCAGGGGGCGAAGUAUUUCUCCRAGAUAGAUUUGAAGUCYGGAUAUCAUCAGAUAGAGGUGCAUCCUGAUGAUCAGUACAAGACGGCCUUCCGGACUAGAUAUGGGCACUACGAGUUCAUAGUGAUGCCCUUUGGACUAACCAAUGCGCCAGCUACGUUCCAGCGCUGUAUGAACGAUUUGUUUAGGCCGUGGUUAGACAAAUUUGUUGUAGUUUAUCUAGAUGACAUUUUAGUGUUUAGUAGGACCCUCGAAGAGCAUCAGGGUCAUCUMARGCAGGUCUUGGAGAAGCUGAGGGAAGCUAACUUCAAGAUCAAUGCAAAGAAGUGCGAUUGGGCAAAGACCCAAGUUCUGUACCUAGGCCACGUCUUAGACGGAGACGGCGUGAAGCCAGAAGAUAGCAAGAUCGCAGCGAUUAGAGAUUGGCCCACGCCACGUACGCUGACAGAGUUGCGCUCGUUCCUGGGCCUAGCUAAUUACUAUAGGAAGUUCGUGAGGAACUUCUCCACCAUCGCUGCGCCCCUUCGCAGAUUGCUGAGAAAGGAGACCAUCUGGAAGUGGGAUAAGGACUGCGCGUCUGCCAUGAAGAAGUUAAAGCAGGCAUUGAUAGAGUAUCCAGUCCUUAAAGUUGCCGACCCGUCCUUACCCGUUGUCGUCACGACCGAUGCGAGUCAAUACGGCAUAGGCGCAGUGUUGCAGCAAGACGAUGGCAAUGGAUAUAGACCCGUAGAGUUCAUGUCCGCCAGAAUGCCUUCAGAGAAGGUCGCGACAUCUACCUAUGAGAGGGAACUCUACGCUCUCAGGCAAGCCUUAGACCACUGGAAGCACUACUUGCUUGGGAGGCACUUCAAAGUCUAUUCUGACCAUAAAACGUUACGAUGGUUAAAGACGCAGGCCAAGAUGACACCUAAGCUUACUAGGUGGGCCGCAGAAAUAGAUCAGUACGACUUUGAGCUCAAGCUUGUCAAGGGAAAGUACAACGUAGUUGCGGAUGCUCUGAGUAGGAGGGCAGAUUACUUUGGGGCAAUAGUACAUUACCUUGAUAUAGGGAAGGAUCUGCAGCAGAAGGUGCAAGCACGUUUGGAAGGGCAACCAAUCCAAGAAGGCAUGACACUUCAUGCAAUCGUGCACGUGUUCGUCGACAUCUGGAACGGGACGGAGUACAGUUUCGACGAGCGUCACGUGAGGGGCAUCCGCGCUUACAUGGAGGAGCAUGGCAUUAGAGAUUCGCGAGCAGUUGGAGGAGGUACACCGCCACGAGUGUCGCGUUCCACUGCACCCAGUGAUGAGGUGCAGGACGUGUUGCACGAGAUGGCGGGAGCAAGAUGCGAGGUGAGGGCCGCGAUGUUGGGGGCAUGGGCGGUGGUGCUGCUCCAGCUUGGGAGGACGAGGGGAGGGAUAGGGAGAAGAGGAGGGUGGUGGAGGCGGGCGUCGAUCCGAAGCGAGAGAGAGAGGGUCCUCCAGAUCACAAUCAACGAGGUCUAUGACAAAGACAAGCAGGUGGCGUUCAGCGACACCUUCUUGCAGUGGGUGUACGAUGCCGCCAUUCCGUUCCAUGCCUUCAGGACACAUACCUGGAGGAGGGUGUGAAAUGCCGCGUCGGAUGUGACUCGAGGAGUGCGCUUGCGAAUUCCUUCAAGGAAAUCGGCGGGGUCAGCACCCCUUCGCAGGGGGCGAAGGUGGCGUUCAUGCUACGGAAGGUUCGAGAGGCUUUCAAUCACAACGGCACCACCAUCUUGUCAGACAGUAGGAAGUCGCAAGACGCACGACCAAUCAUGGACUUCCUUGCCUCAUUGUCGCACUUUUUCCAACCAUACCACUUCUGACAAUUGAAAAGCCAACACGUUGUCACGCAACAUUUUAAUAAAUAGUUAAUGCAAAU